AUGCUUAAGGGGUUGUGUAAGACCGGUAAUACUGGUAGAGCUGUUAGGUUUCUAAGGCUGAUGGAAGACAGAGGUUUUGAACCUAAUAUUGUAGCAUAUAAUACCAUCCUUGACUGUCUUUGUAAGAACGGGUUGUUCAAGGAGGCUCUCGAUGUCUUCUCCGAAGUGAAGGAUAAAGGCAUUAGACCAGAUAUCUUUACUUACAAUUGCUUAAUUCAUGGUAUGUGUAAUUUCGGCCAGCAGGAGGAGGCAACAAGGCUUUUGAAUGAAAUGCAAGGCAUUGAACCUAAUGUUGCCACGUAUAAUAAAUUGGUUGAUGCACAUUGCAAGGAAGGGAUGGUCUCUGAAGCUGAGGAUAUCGUUGACGCAAUGAUAAAGCGAGGCAUUGAGCCUAAUGUUGUUACCCAUAAUGCAUUAAUCAACGGCCAUUGCUUGCAGAACGAAAUGGAUAAAGCUGGAAGACUUUUCAACUUGAUGAUUGAGAAGGGUUGUGCACCUAAUAUAGUUACUUACAGCACCAUGAUCAAUGGAUAUUACAAAGCGAAGAGGUUAGACGAAGCAAUGGAACUCUUUCAUGAAAUAUCUCAAAAGGGACCAAUCCCGAAUACUGUCACAUACAGCACUGUAGAGACCGUUGACACAAUGAGAAAGCAAGGCAUUGAACCUAAUGUUGUCACGUAUAGUACAUUGGUUGAUGCGCAUUGCAAGGAAGGGAUGGUCUCUGAAGCUGAGGAUAUCGUUGUCGCAAUGAUAAAGCGAGGCAUUGAGCCUAAUGUUGUUACCCUUAAUGCAUUAAUCAACGGCCAUUGCUUGCAGAACAAAAUGGAUAAAGCUAGAAGACUUUUCAACUUGAUGAUUGAGAAGGGUUUUGCACGUGAUAUAGUUACUUACAACACCAUGAUAAAUGGAUAUUGCAAAGGUAAAAGGUUAGACGAAGCAAUGGAACUCUUUCAUGAAAUAUCUCGAAAGGGACCAAUCCUGGAUACUGUCACAUGCAACACUCUUGUGCAAAGUAUGUUUCAGUUAGGUAAAGUUUCAACUGCUUGUGAACUUUUUAGAAGGAUGCUUGCUUCUGGACAAGUUCCAGAUAGAGUGACCUGUUUGAUUUUGCUAGAUGGUUUAUGCAAAACAGGUCAUAUUGAAGAGGCAUUGAAUCUGUUUCAGGCAAUGCGAAACAGUGGGUUGGAGCUUGAUAUUGUCCCAUAUAAUAUCCUAAUUGAUGGGUUGUGCAAAGCUGAGCAUAUCGAAGUUGCAAAGGAAUUAUUUCAUCAACUAUCAGACAAUGGUUUAAAACCAAAUGUUUACACAUAUUGUGUAAUGAUUAAUGGACUGUGUAAAGAGGGAUUGCCAGAUGAAGCAUACAGGUUGUUUGGGAGCAUGGGAGAUAAUGACUGUUUGCCUAAUAGCUGCUGUUAUAAUGUAAUGAUUCGGGGGUUCCUUUGCAAUAGUUAUGCCUCAAAAGCAACGCAACUUCUUACAGAAAUGGUUGGGAAGGGCUUUUCUGCAGAUAUAUUCACUGCCACCUUAUUUAUGGAUCUCAUUGUACACUCAAAUAAAUCAAUCUUGCUCUGA